AUGACCAUCUUGUGUGAAAACUGCAGCAAGCCAGUCAGAAGGCGAGAACGCCAGGUCUCUGCUCCUAUAUCUGUCUCCAGGAGGAAGCUCUGUACCCCAAGGCCUUUCAGAUCAACAAAAGGUGCCUCCAAGGCUCGUCGGGAUCAGAUCAAUGUUGAGCUGCAGACUCUUCGCUCUCUCCUGCCUAUCUCAGAGCAAGAGAAGGAACAACUUUCAUAUCUCCACACCAUGGCUCUGGUCUGCUUCCACAUACGAGAAACUCAAGUUUUUCCUUCUGGCUCACAUCAAAUGACACCCAAGGAACCACCUUUUGCUGCUGCUGCUGCUGCAGAUCCAGAACUGGUGCAUUCGCUCUCAGGGUUCAUUCUAGCUCUCACCGCAAAGGGCAAACUGGCCUAUAUCUCUGAGAAUGUACUGCAUUUCCUUGGGUUUUCUGUGGUAGAACUCCUAGCACAAGGCAACUCCGUCUUCGACCUCCUGAACAGCACAGCCAGCCGGAUCAUGCAAGAGCAGCUCUGCUUUGCCCAUCAGCAUCCAGGCACUGAAAUUGAGUUCAUCACUGAAAUGUGUACCUCAAGAGCCUUUCGGGUUAAGUAUGGAAGGAACCGUCCAAUAGUCAUACGGGGCAGAUUUCUCCCGCUUGACACACAGUUGACUUCCACCUCUCCUGUGUUGACUUUUGUUGCUUUCUGUGCUCCCGUCCCUCAUGUGUUUGAAGAAGGGGACAAUACUUCCCAGAACUCCACUUUCCAGACCCAGCAUACAUUGGAUAUGAAGAUUGCUGAGAUGACUGAAAAUGUUAUUUACCACCUUGGUUAUAAGAAAGAAGAAUUAGUCGGUCAGUCUUGGUAUUCUCUCCUGCAUCCUGAAGAUACUGGAAGGGGUGCAGAGAUGCACAGAAACCUGAUGCAGAGUUCUGGGAAACACGAUCAGCAUGUAAUCAUACGUUUACGCUGCAAGGACCUGAGCUGGAUCUGGGUGCAAAUCACUGCAGUGAGGGAGAAUGGAAAAGGAAAGCUGAUCACUUGCAUAAAUCACAUCCUCAGGGACAAAGAAGCUCUCUAUAUCCAGAACCAAGACCUCUCACCCAGAGUUGUUUCUCCAGCUUCCACAAAACAAAGCUAUUGUUCUGGAAAAAGACUGCAGCAGUUGAAGCCAAAUGAAGUCAACGUUUUCCUCCAAGAGGCAGGGGCAGCCAGGGAAGGGGCACGUGAAUAUUCCCCUUCUCAACUUCCAGGGGCUUCUAAUAUAAAAAUGCUUCCUGCUCCUCUUCAGCCUCCAUUUCCAAUCAGUAUGACUGUCCCUAGCAUGAAGACUGAAUCUGUCAGCCUGCGAUUGUCUCAAGAAACCCAAUUUCCCUUUUUCCCUCCUGAAGGGCACACAAAUCUCUCCUGCCCAGAAAGAGAGGGUAGGAUGACCUCUUUCAGCCCUGGUGGUUUCUGCUCCCCAGAAGACACAUUAUCUUCCCACAGCAGCUUUUCUGUGGACUCUUCUCCUUUACUUGAAGAAAGGCCAUCUACAGGAUUGUUCCCAACAACGAACGUGAGCCCUGAUUCAGAUAGAUGGACUAUCAGUAUGCUGGCUGAUCAAAUCCACUCCCUGGCUGAAAUCUUCUCUCAAUACACAAAGCAAAGAUCUCAGGAAUCUCUUGGCAUUCACUGGCCUGGGCAUCCUGCUGAGGCUGUCCCUCUAGUGGCAAGACAGGAUUUGGGGGCUAAUGGAGCCACUGACUUUUCAGAAGAAAUCUCUGUAGAUGAAGGAAUCAUCACCAGUAUUUUAAACAACUUCCUAGAUCAUGAUGUCCAGAACCAAGCCACUUUUGAACAGAGACUACCAGGCCAUUUUCACAUAUCAAAUACCCAGUUGCAGCUUUCUAUGUACCAGACUCCCCUACCAGAAGCAACUCCUUUGCCUUUCCCUGUAUCAUCUGAUUCCUAUCUGUCUGAUUCCCAGUGGGAUGGAAAAUUCCAUAACAUGUAUCAGCAAGGUACAGCUCCCCUUUUAUCAUAG